AUAUAAAUUGAUGGAUCAGCCCAAAGUCGGUUAUUCUUUUAUUUCAGUGAUCCCAAAGAAAUUAUUACAAUGAUAAUGAAUUUUGUACAUCCAUUUAUAUUCGCAAGUUAGUAAGAUAACAAACAAUAUUUUAAUUCAAACGAACGAAAAAAAUAUUAAAUAACACAAACAUCUUAUUCUGACCAUUUGUAUUGUGGAGAACUUGUGUUUGUUUUACACCGUUUAUUCAAUUGCUAGAAAACUCUUCCAUACAAGGGCUUAACAUUUUCGAUAAUCCUUUUGUUUUAAAUUGAUUAAUCUCACCCCAAAGUGGCCGUUUGAAAGACAACACAUUGAAAGUAUUUUCCUUGUAAAUUUAGACAUUUGUUUGUGAAUUUGUUUGAAGAGGACAUUUCUUGUCCUCGGACGACACUACAGUAUGGCGUCGAACGACAUCGGAGAUUGGUUUCGCAGCAUUCCACGGAUUACUAAAUUUUGGUUUGUUGGAUCUAUUGCACUACCUCUAGCUGCAAAAUUUGGUUUGAUUUCACCUGUGAUGUUGAUUCUACGAUAUGAUUUUGUAGUCUACAAGUUUCAGAUAUGGCGGUUGUUAACUUCAGUUCUGUAUUACCCUGUUGGUUUCCAUUACCUCUUGAAUUUGUACUUUCUAUAUUCUUACUCAGUUCGUUUGGAAACAGGAACCUUUUUAGGUCGCCCUGCUGAUUAUAUAGCACUGUUGUGUUUCAACUGGAUCUGUCUGAUUAUAAUAGGUUUAACUGCAGGUCUCUUUUAUUUGAUGGAUCCUAUGGUUCUGAGUGUACUAUACAUCUGGUGUCAACUGAACAAAGAUAUAACCGUAACUUUCUGGUUCGGAACCCGCUUUCCGGCCAUGUAUUUACCUUGGGUGUUGUUUGGCUUUAAUCUGAUUGUUGGUGAUGGAGGUUUGUUUGAGUUGAUUGGCAUUCUUGUUGGCCAUCUGUAUUUCUUUUUAAAAUUCAAGUACCCACAGGAUUUUGGAGGUCCUCAACUUAUUACAACACCACAGUUUCUUUACAAAUAUUUCCCAAGCCAUCAAACUUGGACAGGAUUUGGAGAAGUACCCAGACGAAGAUUUACAAAUGGUAAUCAAGGAGGCGAAGGUGGACAUACCUGGGGACGUGGUCAAACACUGGGUGGCAAUUAAUUGCACAGUUUUCGAAAUAUACCCCCAUCCCACCUUUUUUUUUCUUAAUUCUUUUUCUUCCUCAUUUUCAAGAUAUUUCCCUCCUUAUUCCACCACCAAGAUGAAAUAAACUUUGGGUGUGAUUUUUUUUUGAUUUAUAUAUUUUUUUUUUGCCGACAUUUAAAAAAAUAUUAUAUGUUUAUUUUAUUAACCAUUAUAAAAUCAUUCACAAAACUAAACAGAAAAAAAUGGAAGAUGAAAGGAAAGAAAUAUUUAUUUUUUUGUCAUACAAUCCUGUAUAAAAAUCAUUUAAAAAGAAAACUUCAGUGAUUUAACUUUUUUCUCUGGAACAUCUGAUUUUGAAAUGACUAUACUGUAUUUUGAUUUUUUUUCUUGUCUUAUUUAAAAAAAAAAAUUUACAGACUCAAGCUCUGUAACUUAUUUCAUUUAAUCAGUGGCAAGUAGUAGAAGUAAAUUUCUCAGGAUCUGUUAUGGAUCUGACAGAAGACCUCGUUUUGAUAUUGGAUUCAAGGGAGAAUACAUUGAAUUCUCAGGUGCAUUAGAAAUUUAGGUUCAGUACAAUUUACAAAUGUAUCCAUAUCAUCUUAAGUUGCCAACAGAAAAGAUUGGUACUUAUCAGUUGGUACAUUGUCUCUCUGCUGCUUAAAGCAGGACACUGCAGCUCUCUGUGGUUGCUAAUGGACUUGACUAUUAAGAAAUAACUGUUUUUGUCAGAGAUAUCAUACAUCACAUCUUUGAUCUGUAAACACUUUAUCAACUCGAUGGUCAGCUGUGAUAAUGAAGAAAAAAGUAUGAAAAUACAUUGAAUCUUCCAACUCUUCACAUGAAAUCAUUCAUGGAAUGAUAUAAGUUAGAUAUUGGAACCUACCUUUGAACUCCACAAAUUAUGUUUUAAAAUAGUAGCUCGAACUGUUUUAAUAUAUUUUUACUUAUUCUCUUAUCAAGCUACGAGAAUCUAAUCUUGAUUCGUCAUCAUAUCUAAUACCAAACAUACACACUAUAUAUAUAUACAUACAUACAUAUGGCAAGUUGUGUAAGUCAUAGAGGCACUACAGGAGACCUGGCAUUCAUGUAGUGCAUCUACUGUGAGUCAGUUUGUCUGCACUCUCAGGAAGAGUUCAACUCAGCACUGCAAGUUAAUGAAAUAUUCAUCAAUUUUGGAGUGCUACUACAGGUCUACAGGUUACAACAGUAACUUGUUCUCUGUGGUAUCUAUUUACAGCCAGGUAGAAUUUGACAUUGAAGUGCCUGUGUCAGGAUACAAACUUCUAAUUACUUAGUUGGUUGUCCAAUACACUGCCAAUGUGGUCAUCUGUGCAUUCUUCCAUCUCCCUGCUCACUUCCUUCUUUGUGUAUGUGUGUGUGUGUAUAUAUACAUACACACACACAUCUAUUUGUCUAAAUUUGUAGACUAAAUCAAUAAUGUUGUUUAAAUGUAAAUUGAUUUGUUUUCUUAAUGAAAUUUCAGUUAAUUCUUGGUUCAAAACUAUUUGUUUUCUAUUUUGAUGUAGAAGGUUCUAUUAUUUAUUCAAUUUUUAUCCCCAUUUGCAUGGGCUGUUUUCAUUAUAAGCUUUUCAAUAUAAGAUUGAUUAAAACCAAUUAAUUUGUCAUGAAAAGCAUAUCAAUAAAGAAAAUAAACUGAAGUUUUUCCAAACAAAA